UUUUUUUGGAGGUACUGGUUAUUCUGAACAUAGUAGCUACCCCUGAAUUGUCAUGGAUUACAACUUCUAGCUCAGGGAAACCAUGCCUGCACCCCUGCUGGGAUGGCAUAAAGCAUUACCUCAUGCCUUGAAUAGAGAAGAUGGGGUCCAAGGGCUGCCUGUUCAGAGCUGCAGUGGUGCUUCUGCUCGCAGGCUGGUAUGAUGAGGCUUUGUUCGAUAGCAUCCAUGUUUGUCUUGUCCAAAUCUGUAAUGUCCUUAUUUUUCAUACAGGCUUUUGUGUUCACAAAGGUGACAAUGGGUAGGGGUCCUGACAUCAGGUUAUGAUGUUCCUGUAGCUACUCUCCCUCAUAGUAACCCUGAACUGGCAUCUUUCCACCACACCAUCCAAUAAGCACACUCGGAGUUCUGCCUCAAGAGAGGUGGAAUAUUUGUCUACAAAACCUUUCAGCUGAGAGUGCUAUUUGAUAACCAUUAUCUUAAAUGCUCAGUAAAAGCCUUGAAUUUGCUAAGUCAGUGAUUGAAUCAUCUAGACUCUAUAACAAAAAGUGCAUCUUCCUCGGAACUUAAUGUCUUGGUACUGACCUUUUAUAUGGCUUUUGUAACUAAUGCCACAUAUUAAUGUGAAAUGUGCUUUAAACUUUAAAAAACAACAACAAAAAAUUUGCUACUUUAACAGCACCUUUGGUUGUCUGUAUUGUGUCGGCAGGCAAAAUCACCUAGCACGCUUAAUGCUUCUCUUCCUGGUAAAAAGUGUUAGCCUUAUCUUGUUGGUAGGCAUCCAUACUGUGUCUUCCUCCUCCUCAGACUUCCUCACUGAGACAGGGAAAUAAUUUCCAUCUCAAGGGAAAAUGACAGAGAAGAAAGGUAGGCUCCCGUUCUAAAUGAUCUUGGAGUGAAUGUAUGCUUCCCCAACCUCCCCCUCUCAAGGAGUGUUGCUCUGAGUAGCACUGAUGUGUCAGCGAGUGUGUUAGCUGACAAAGGCUGAUGUGCAUUCAGAUGUAACUAGUUGAUGGGUCGUUGUCUGUGUCUGUUCUCUUACGCAGUUUAAAAAAAGUCAUAGUUGGGUGGUAAUAUUCCUGGUUCUCGUGGCACUCUAGUGUAACUAAGCUGCUUCCUCUUCUCUCUCAGGCCAGGAACUGACGACAAGUGCAGCCAGGAAGUCCCUGGGACUUCACAGCACUGGUUUGUUUCAAGGUGACAGUAGAGUCAUUGGGGAUGGGGUUUUAAGGAAGUGUGGAAGAUUUAUGUUUAAGGCCAUUAUAUUUCAAAAGUCUUGGUGCUGAGAGUCAACUCAGCUACUGCUGUACAAUUGUUAAGUAGUGUCCUUCAUAAAACAGGUGUGACAGCUUCAUGUUGUUUUAAACCUGGGCUAGCUGGUUUAGAGGGCUGUAUAGAUGGGACUUCAUAAGCAAAGCUUUAUUUUUGGUGGAACAGUUCCUGCUGUAAAAGUGCCCAUACUAUGCAGAAAGCCACCCAGUGUCCCACUUCUCCUGUGUGGUCAGGACAGGUAUUACCCCCAGUGUAUUUGGAAGGCACUAGCUAACCACGGCACAGGCGAGGGGACUCUCCCACCCUGCUCCCAUGUAGCAGGGUGCCACGUAAAUGAAUUGCUAACGAGGGCAGAGCUGGCCUUGCAGCCUGGCUGGCUGCACUGGGCUAUGAACCAACAACCGCACGAACCCUGCAGUGGAGACGGCUCUAGGAGGAAGUACACAGGGUACCCGGAGUGGGUGGGGUGCGAGCCGACCGCCACACCUCAUGUCGGGUAGCAAGCUGUUAUCUGCCCUAAUAGGCUUUGCUGUAAUUACAGUUUUGAGCUAGGUGGAAGUGUCUAGCCUUAAUUAAAAUGAGAUACGGGUUCUCAAACAAUGUCUAUUGACCUGUUUGAGUUAUCUCUGCUGAAAAGUCAGCAGUCCUGCUAGCUUGGCUUGCUGGUAGGCGCUUCAGUCGUUUGUUGGUUGAGUCACUGCUCGCUUAGCAGCUGGAGGAAGCGUGUGCACAGCUACUGCGGCUGCGGGCAAGUUCAGUCAAGAGAUGAGGUGGCUGUGGUCCUGUGCUCUGCACAGUGUGAAAGUGAAAUAAUAAAGGGUGCUUCACUUUUAGCUCUGCCUGGUCAGUACAGCUGUGAGGAGCAGAGAAGAUGGACUUUCAGCUGUAAAUCAGCAACUAUGUUUUUCAAUUCAAAGGUCAAAUCCUACCUGUAAUUAUUUCUUGGCUCUGUUGAGGGCAGCAUUGAGCUUACAAUAGCUUUGCUGGCAGCAAUGAUACAGUUCAACUACAAGACUGUGGGGGGUAAUUUUUUUUCUUUAUGGAACCAAUAUAUUUAGCAUGGAAUCAAUCUUAAAAGAUCACCCCUCGAAGCUGUGGUUCUCCUCAUAGCCCUUCAAAAAGUCCAGAGUUAACUGCAGCAGUUGAUGGGGAAGGGUCUCUUGUGUUGCAGGAACCUGAAAAACACUCAAUGAAGGGAAGCAUUUGCUGUUUGUAUUUGUUUUCUGAUGUGUCUGUGCUCUUUGGUGUUCUGCAGGGUCUGUUUGAAUGUGCUUUCUACCAGUGACUUACUUCCUCCAAAUCAUAUUUUCAGUGAUAAAGCUUACAUCACAUUUGAGGCUCUGAGACAUUGCUGGCUACUGGGUAACCUCAGUUCUUAAUUAGAAGAAAAAUGUUAAUUUGGGGGGGGGGGGGCAUAAAAUGAAGACUGCAUUAAGGCUACAAGGUGCUUAGGCUUACCUGGAGUCAGAUGCACUGACGUAGUAGAAUAAUUUUCAUAUUGCAUAGUAGAAUAAUUUUGACAUUUCAUUUCUUGAAUGUAAAUAAAUAAGUGGGCUAGAUCUAAAAAUCAAAAUGAUUUUUUUUCAGAUUUAUGAGAAGUCUUUUAUACUUUUGUAAUACCACGAUAGAAGUGAUUUAGACUUCUUAUGCUUAUACAAAAUAUAGGAAUAACAGCUGAUAUUUAAUUAUAUCAGUGAACACAGUAAUUAUAAGUGAACACAGUAAUUCCAGUAGAUUCUUGGGAAAUUUCAGGCUCUUAAGUUCCUUGCUUUUUUUUUUUUUUUUUUCCCUGCCUCUAGGCUGAAUUUUUUCUCCAUUUUUAUGUCCUUAGAAGAUCUGCCUUGACAUUAGAUUUAAAUUAUGUGGUCAGCACAGAAAAGAGAAAAUAUAUUUUCUGUUUGUAACAUUCCUUAAGGGCUACUUGUCCAUUUGGGAACUAGCAGAUAGGAUCGUUAAUUGUCAGCCUGGGAUUCAUCCUACCACUGUAAAAGAACUUAGACAAUUAAAAGCAAAUUAGGAAUGUAAUCACCCAUAGCAUGACUACUCUGGGAAAGCAAGAAGGAAUAAACAGAAUUUUCAGCAAAGCUGAUUUAUGUUGGAAAUCAGAGAAAACAUCUCACUGGAUGGCUGACGUGCUGGAGCAAGCUGCAUUUGGAGGUGAUGGAGAAUUUUUGAAGUCAACACCGGGUAACCAUUUGCUGAAGGAAGGAGCAUGUGUGGUGUGUAUAGCUCCUGCCUCCAUAUAUGCUGGGUUGUCAUGUGGGAUCUCCUGAAGUCCCUUGCAGCCCUGUAUUUCUAUGACCUCAGUCACAUUACUGAUCCUGGCACUGUUUUCCAUUUGAUGUUCCAGGAAUUAGCACAGACUUGCCAAAUGCCUUAUGUUUAAUCUCAGUAAUGCAAAUGUGUUUUCUAAUAGGUUUGAAUAAAGAUUUUAGCUUCAGGGCCUGUCCUAGGGUCAAGCUGUGGUUGGAAGUACUUUGCAGUCUGGCUGUGAGUGGUUUCUUUUGGGGAAAAUCUGUUAGUUGCCUCUCUGAACAAACAUUUUAACUAUGUAGGCUGUUUCUCUAUGAACUGUCAGCACGCUAUCUCGGGCAGUCUGAAUUGUUUUAUCUUGUGGCCAAAAUUAAUGAUUGAGAAAGAUUUUAUGAAUAUACCCCUGAAACUUUUUGCCAGUCACGGUAUAGGAAUGUUUCCUGUUCUUUGAAACACGUCUGUCUUUCAGCUUCCACCCUCUGCCAGAAGGCCCUGGAAGAGGAACUGUAAAACAGGGGUUGCCUUUGAUCACUACAAAGUUACCAAGUUCCCACCUUCAGAUGGAUGCUGCUCUAUUGUCCUCUGCUUCCUGCUGUGAAGAAUGGCUUUGACUCAACUUCAGCUCUGCUUUGAGCUAUAUACUUGGAAUUUGGUGGGCCUUAAUAGGACUGAAGUGUGAUAAGGGUUUUUAAAUGAAGAAUAAAAGCAAAGGAAGUGAGUGGGAGAAGAGAGACUACCUGGGAGGGAAACAUGUUAACAAAAUGCAGGAUCAAGAUCUAUAUGGUGAGAUGGGUCUGAUCCGUUAGCCUGGAGGCACCUUGAGAACACGUGCAUUUCUUCACCUAGAUGUAAUCAAGGCUUACUCAACCAGAGCUAGUUGUCUCCAGCCAAGAAGGAAACCACAUCUGUCAUGAAAACAAGCAAUAUAGUUCCUUAGAAGUCUGUCCUUUUCUCUAGGAUUCAGUUUCUUCAUCUGGUGUUGCAGACUUAAUGUGGCAGCUUCCUCAGAGUCAGCCUUUGGCCAUGGGAUCCUUCCUGAUGACAAUCAGCAAAGGAAGCUGCCUUUAUUACCUUAUCAAUUUCAUUCCCUUCUGAAGAGUUGCUGCUGUUUAUCGUCUCCAAACUCUCGAUUGCCAGAGCUGCGUGAGCAGAAGAGCAGACACUACCCACCCGUCAGUCAGGUUUCUGCAGUGUAGUGCGUGUAUGUUGAAAUCAAUAUUCAUUCCUAGCUGGGGUCUGAUGUUUUCUCCCUUUGGGGCAUAAGUUGGGAAAGAUCUGCGUGCUACUCUUGGAGAGCCCGAGGGGGAGGAUUGAUUGGUUUGUCUUCCUGACAACACUCACAAGGACAGAGAGCCCAGGCGUCCUGAGACCUUGUCACAGGACUGCUGCAUUACAGGUAAAUUUACGCUACCUUUACCCUGUUGACAUGGCCACAUGCAAGUGGACCGUGAAGUGUUCAUGCUUGAAACAAAUGAAGGAUGGCAUAUCCUAGUCUGACUUUUUGUACUACUACAUGGAUGUAGUGAGAUGCAUCUCCCUAGCCAGAAAUGACUGAAAGCUGAAACAUGCCUGAGUCUCUGGAGGAAUCAGUGCUCCUUUGACUUGAUGUGUUCACAAGGCUUUCUUUUUCUGUAUAAAUUGCUUUGUGUCUUGGAAGCGAUCUGUUAGAAUUAAACAUCACUGAGUGCUUUUUACAUAGCUGUGCCAACAAUGGAGCACAACUGACGCAUUAAAAAUGAGAUAACAUCGUAUUCUGGAUAAUACCAGAGUUGUACUACUAUUUUUCUUACAAAGGUUAUUUUUCUUAUAUAGGUUUCUUAUAUAGCACUAGCAUAAAGCAAGCUGCCUUCUUCACUGCCUGAUAAUAGUUUUUACAUAGCAUCUGAAAAACGAAGGAAAGUUAGCAAUGUACAUCAACGCAUGGUAGGUAGUGCUAUUGCUGUACCGAAUCGCUCGUCUGUGCGCACCGAGUUGUCACCCGUACUGUCUGGUUGUUGGGCACAGCAACCACGAGAGGGAGCUUGGAAGCAAGGAUCUGGUUCCUCCUGGCAAUGGUCUUUGUAUUGCGGGGCUGUGCUCUGUCCCUGGAGAGCAAACGCGGUUGUGUACAGGUUAAGAACAAAAGAAUAACUGAGAUAAAUUUAUAUUUCAGGACUUUGGUAGCAUGGUCAGAGUAUAUCUUAGUAAGACUUCCAAGAAAGUUUUGCACUUACAGUUAAUUUAUCUAUUGGGUGUCUGGAAUUGCAGAUCACACUCGGAGACUUUUUCUGCGUAAUGAAGGGUUAUUUUUCUUUUCCUACUCUAUUAUUACAUCUUGGUAAGUAUUGUUAUUUACCUCAGCUGCCGAGACAGAAGCAAAAAUGUCAUCACAAGAAUAAGAUCUGAUACAACUCUGCUUCCUUGGAUAUCAGAAAUUAUCACUGGAAAAAAAGAAAGAAAAAAAAGAAAAAAAAAAGCAGGAGGAGCAGAGUGAUUGACUCUUAAUUUGACUUAGUGCUUAAAUAAAGCUGAACCUACUUUUUCUGGUUUUGUUUGUUUGUUUUUUAAAUUGCAACCUGGUCCAACAGCUGAAACGUCAACAUGCUUCUUACCACGUCAGGGUCACCCUCUGCUCCCACACAGACAGACGCCUGCAGGUUGUAAUGAACACGGGUCUGCUGGUUUGGCUGGGAUGCCUGCCUGCAGGAGAGCUGCCUCCACAGAAGCUGGACCAUUCCAAAAAAGUCCCGUCCCUUGUUUAUCUUGCAAUACUUCCCAGCUGAACCCUGAUGCAAAUAAUUCAUACAGCUAGUGUGUAAUUGUGUCAUCACCUGCCCUGGCACCACCUGGUGAGAGACUGGCAGACGGCACAAUUCUUCCUUAUACUUGUCUUCAUUUCCAGCCUAACACCAGGGGUGUUGCACAUCAGUCCUCUUGUCAGAGUUCAGGCAUCAAGGCUGGUCCCCUCCUGCCAGCCUCAUCAAGUUUUGCAGACGGAAUAUAUUAACGCUGAUGAACACCGGGGUGUCUGUGGAGCUUCUUUCAGUGAGUAAUUUGUGAUGUUGCAUUGCCAUAAGUACAGCUCUCAGUGGGAAUUCUAGCAAGAAGAGCAGCCACCAAGCAUCUGAAAUACUACACAACCUUUCCUUGGGUAGGACUGGGGCAAACCGGGGGCAAAUUACGCUGCUGCAUAAUGUCACCUUCUGGUGUCAAAGCAAAGCGUGGCCUGAUCCUGCUGUUGGAAGCUAAUGGGCAAAACCCACCUAAAACACAAAAUUAAAAAUGCAACCGUUUCUACUUUCCCAGCAAUUACUUAUGAGUAAUAAGUUACAGCAGAGUGAUGUCAGACUGUUUAACUGAUGUUUGGCAAGAAAAUUUGAUGGAAAUGCAAAUGUGUCAUUGUUGAUUAUAUUCAAUCCAUAGAAUGGUUCUGGUGCAGAAGUUUCUGGAAGGGCAGGACUUGGCUGGUCAACUGUAUCUGUUGAGAUAUGCUCCAAAUAUAAUGACUUGUGAAAUCAAUGAAAAAUAAUAGUCAUUGUUAAAGCUUUAGGGAACUUUUUUGUUUGUACCAAUCACUGAUGUAUUUCUGAGAAUAGGCCCAUUUGAGAACUGUCAGUGAAUACCACUUUGGCAGAUGUCUUUAUGAUCUUUUCUCAACAACAAAUUAAUGAAUUAUUUAUAUGCAACCUUCUUAAUCCAGGGAUGGGCCUGGACUUUGACAGUGUGACGUCGCAGAGUGGCAGGCGCGCUUGCUGGCAGCCUCCCACUGAAUUAGCAGCAUAAAUGCUUUCCUUUUCCUUCCAGUUGCUUCCCCUGCCCACACAGGUCUCCAGUUGUCAUUGCCAGCAACAGGCAUUCCAGGAAUGAUUGCAUCAAUUGGGAAGUCUCCUUACUAAUGCAAGACUGAAAGCAGGAGGCAUCUGUGCUCAUACCUGGAGGCAGAGAAGAGGCUGGCUGAAAGGACGCAGCUCAUCCUUUCCUCGGCCCCAUGGCAGGACCCAGUUUUCUUGGACUGUCUGCUCGAGUGUUUUCCUUGCCUCACAGUUUACAGGUCUUGCUUAGCACCUAACUCAGAUCUUUUCUGCAGUUUCAAAUUAUUUCUUUGUUUCCCUCAUAGCUCAGGAGCCCAGCUGGCUGGUCAUCCUGACAUGGUCCCGCAAAGAAAUAGAUCAUUGCCAUUUCCUCUCUGUUUUUUUUUUUUUUUUUUUGUUGUUGUUGUUGUUUUUAAAUUUAGUUAUUUCAGACUUUAGUCUUUGAAGUUAGAUUUUGGGGGAGGGGGUGUGGUAAGGCAUUAAAAUAAAUAAAGCAACUAGUACCUAAGCCAAGACCCCAGCAUAGAGUGAAACAAUUCCUUUUGCUGUGGCAGCAGAAACAUUGCAGGAAUCAUGUUGCAGAAAGAAACUUACCUGGUUUGCAGUAUCAGUGCCCUACCUCAGGCUUCUUAACCAGCUGGUUAAUGAACUAUGCUCCUUGUGCCUCACGCUGUUCAGCCAGGACUUCAGCUUCACCUGAGCCUGUGGCCAGAGACAGCAGCCAAGCCACGGUGCUGCUUCCUUGAGGAGCUCCCUGCCUGGGUGGAAGUCCUCCAGCAGCUCCGUCUGGCUAUGGUCAUACCGAGGAAGAGGAGAUCGGUCCUCUUUGGGAGGUCUGCACGUGACACUGCCCCCUUCCAGUGACACAACAAGCAUCAAUUCUGGGCCAAGGAAAGCACUAGAAAUUCAGUCCCACAGUGCAGUGACCAGACACUUAGCACAGCCAGCCUCUUUCCCUCGCCACUGGCAGAUUAGUUCACCUGCUUUGCAGAGCACAUUCACAUGGAAAAGCAGAUUAGCUUCAAUAUAUAUAUAUAAAUUUUUUUAUUUUUUUUUUGCCCCAGUCAGUAGAAUACUAAUAGGAAGGUGGUUCUGUAGGUUUUUACUCUCUGCAGCCCAGAGAGCAAGCUAAGCAUGUGCCCUGAGAGGCUCUGUCCUGCCAUUGCCAGGAAUAACUGGGAAGUGUAAGAGGGACCACAGCAAAUGGCUCAGCCGCCUGGAGUUGUUGACAGUGGAUAUUUCAGUGGAAACUGAGAAGAAAGCAAGGAGCAAAAUCUCAGCAGCACUCAAUGUGGCUUUUUAGCUUUGCUUUGAGUCCCCCAGGACUGCGAGUGGUUGGGGCUUUUUCCGGGAGCAGCAGUAGUGAUCCCCUGUGACAGUCCAGUGGCUGCCCACCAUAAGGGGCAGUCAGAGGAAAAGGGCAGAGAACGGAGUGGGGGGGGGGCACUCUGCCUCCCCAAGAAGGGCUCCCACGGCAUUUUGGUUCAGCAGGAAACAUUAUGGGGUCUCUGGUGAAGUCCAUCAGCCCUCCUGCCAGGUUCAUGUGCAUCUGCUGGGCUGAUAGGACCUGACCUACCAAGAGGCUCGCCUCGCCGCACCGGCCAAAUGCAGGACUGCUAGCGAGCAAAAGUUUCAAUGCAACUUAACUGGAGCAAAGCGCAGGUAAUGCUCACUGCUCAGUGACUUCUGCAGGAGAGCUGCUCACCUCUUUUUUUUCCCCCGACCCUGCUGUGUAAAACCUGGGCUCGCUUUGCCCUCACAUUUCUCAGCAGGAGCUGUAAAACUGCAUGUUUAUCAGACACUGUCCCUUCCCCAUCAGUGUGACUCUUGCACAGCCUUCUCCCCUAGCGACAGAAGCAUCAUUCACAGGGGGAAGUAUCCUGCAGUGUAGUGGUGAUCUUCAGACCAGGGGAGGCAUCAGUAUUUUUUUUGACUUGGUUUUAGGCAUUCCACUCCUUUGCUGCAACCUCCACUCCACAUCUGUGACUGCAGCCUUCUGCACCCAGCUGAGAAGGAAAUGAUGUGUGAGCGAGGAGUCGGGGCUCCCUGCUCACAGCACUAGGACUCUGCGCCUGCUGCACUGCACGCUCAGCUGCAUGCUUGAGGAUGCUGCAUCUGAAAGUCCAGUUCCUGGAUGACUCCCAGAAGAUCUUUGUAGUUGAUCAAAAAUCCUGUGGAAGAGGGCUGUUUAACCUCACCUGCAGCCACCUCAACCUGGUGGAGAAGGAGUACUUCGGGCUGGAGUUUCGCAGCCAGGCCGGGAACCACGUCUGGCUGGAGCCACUAAAGCCCAUAACAAAGCAAGUCAAAAAUCCUAAGGAGGUUCUUUUCAAAUUUAUGGUGAAAUUUUUCCCAGUGGACCCUGGACAUCUGAGAGAAGAGCUGACCAGGUAUCUCUUCACACUCCAGAUCAAGAAGGACCUGGCGCUGGGGCGGCUGCCCUGCAGUGACAAGAGCGCGGCGCUGCUCGUCUCCCACCUGCUGCAGUCUGAGCUGGGUGAUUUCCACGAGGAGACAGACCAGCAGCACCUGGCCACCCACAGGUACCUGCCCAACCAGGAGUACCUGGACAACAAGAUCAUGCACUACCACCGAAGGCACGGGGGGAAGACGCCAGCCGAGUCGGAUGUUCAGCUGCUGGACGUGGCCAGGAAACUGGAGAUGUAUGGGAUUCGCCCGCACCCCGCCAGCGACGGUGAGGGGACGCAGAUCAACCUGGCCGUGACACACAUGGGGGUGCUGGUCCUGCGGGGCAAUACAAAGAUCAACACAUUCAACUGGUCCAAAAUUCGCAAACUGAGUUUCAAGAGGAAGCAUUUUCUCAUCAAGCUCCAUGCAAACAUUUCUGCACUGUGCAAGGACACGCUGGAGUUCACCAUGGCGAGCAGGGAUGCCUGCAAGGCUUUCUGGAAGACGUGUGUGGAGUACCACGCGUUUUUCCGGUUGUCUGAAGAGCCCAAGUCAAAGCCCAAAGCCCUUCUGUGCAGCAAAGGCUCGAGUUUCCGCUACAGUGGGAGGACACAGAGACAGCUGCUGGAGCACGGGAGGAAGGCGAAGAUGAAGAGCCUUCCCUUUGAGAGGAAGCACCAUGCAUCCCGCUACGAUGAGAGGCAGUGCCGCUCUUCCCCGGACCUCCUGACAGAUGUGUCCAAGCAGGUGGAAGAGCUGCGCCUGGCCUACGGCAGCCGCGGCUCCUUCCGCACUGCCAACGGGGUGCACACCUCAGAGCCCACGCUGGACAGCCGCUGCUGCAGCUCCACCACGGAGGUGACAUUCGCCGCCGAGCUGGAGCGCUCCAAGCCCGAAGCAGCCCCCGUCUUCCUGCCCCACUCCAAGAGCAGCUCUGCCUUCCCCCUGCUCUACGCCGAGCUGGAGCUGGAGCGGGCGUGGGAGCCCACCGACCUCUUCGGCUCCAGGAACCCCUUGACGUCCUUUCGGCCCCACCACAAGUUUGCUGGGAACAGUAAGAGCACCUCAGUGGGCAACAUGCGGGAGGUCAGCACGAGGCCGCUGGUGUACAUGGACGUGCCCUGCCCCCAGCCACUGGCCACCCUGGCCCCUCAGGUCCUUUUUUACGUAGACAGGCCACCACAGCCCCUGUGCCACAUGCAAACACCCAGCCAGGAGGCGGCAGGAGCAGCCAGUGGGUCUGUCCCCACGGCCACAAAAACACCCAAGUGGAGCCCAAGCACUGCCUGGACGGGGGAAUUCCAGCACGAGGCUUCGCACAGGGCUGCGGGCAGCAGUGCAGCCCCAGAAGGGGGGAGCAGGCCGCUGGCUCGCUCCUUUGAUUAUGGCCUUCAAGAGCAGCCUCCCAAACGGUCCUGGAGCCAGUCGGACAUGAAAACCAUCCGCUUCCCCUACGGCUCGGAGUUCAGGCCUCUGGGCCCACGGCCUGCCCUGAGCAGCCGCAAGGCAGGAAUUCUACGGCACGCGCUGGCCCAGCAAGGGCUCGCCCCACGGCCGCGGCACCCUGCCGAGCGCUACGUGGGCAGCAGCACUGAGUCCAGCGACUCCGACUCCGACCUCCUGGCCGCUGAAUACUGCUCCCUGUACGGCCGGGUGCUGCGCUCGCCCAUGGCUCGGGUGCGGCUGUCCUCUGGCAGUCUCCAGCUGGAAGAGGAGGAUGAAGAGGUGUCCUUUGCAACCGGUGCUGCUGAAGAGAGGACUUCCAGGGGGGCCUCCAGGUAUUUCACUUAGGUGCCUCACACCGGCUGAAAGGAGCCACAGGUGGCCAGGACUGAUCCAGACCCAGAGGAUGGUCACUGUCCUGCUUGCAGGGCUGCUUACUGCUUGUGAAACGUGAUGGGCUCAUGUUGUGUGAGUGCUUUUAGCUGUAGAGGAGGUGUUAAGGGACAGCUGGGGAAUGUUCUGAGGUACCCAUCUCCUGCAUCAUAGCCUGAAACUGGUGCAUCUCUGCCACCAGGCUUUUCACAUGCAGGGGUCCAGCUUUAGCCAGAUGGGCAGGGGCUCUCGCUUAAGCCCUGCAUAGACACUGCAUGCAGUCCAAGCAGGCCACAGUCAGAGCUCAGCCACUUAAGUCUUCAUCAGUGAGGUGGAAGAAAAAAAAAAAAAAGACAUUUUAUGGAAGAUCUUAAACAUUAGUUUAUCACAACUCCAGGGAAGCCUGCUGGUGGGAGGAAUGUUUGAGGCCAAGUGGGAGAGGAGCAGGAUGGCCAGGGGGAGCUGAGCAGAGAUGUCUGCUCUUGGAGCUGUGCCAAUGCUGCAGGAACACCCAGUGCUCAGGACAGGAUGCCACGCAUGGGGUGCUCCUUGUGAUGCUUGGAGACAUGUAGAAAUUGAGCAGCUCUGUCUUGUCCCUGGCCAGGUUAGGGCAUUAUCCUGCCCAGGAAAUACCAUAGCAGCUCUCGUAAAUCAUUAAACAGCAUCCCACUCUGAGCUGUAGUAAGUGAGUUAAUGAAUGAUGAUGUAUAGCUCCACUCUUCUUAGGCCUAGUAGCUGUUAUUUUCUGUCAGCAGCUCCACAGCCCAGGCACCUCAGUGUCCUGCUUAAAUCGGGGGGAGUGAGGCACGCAGAGGAUGGUCUUGCUCCCCCAAAUCAGGCCUCCACCAAGCAGCAUGGGGAAAAAGCUCUCAGGAGGAGGGCAGGAAAGAGAGGCAGCUGGUGCUUACCCUUUUGGCAUUAGGAAGGCUGCUGUAACCAUGGUGCUUCUAAACGUUCCUGUUUGCUACAUGAAUGCAAUGUUAUUUUUACCAGGGCCAUUUCUAGUUAUAGAAGAGCAGGAGAGGGAGCUUCUCACUAUCCAUAGGGCAGCAGGAGGGAGAUUAGUUUUUUGUACAUUGCUCCCUGAAGUGAAAAGGUACAGAUACUUCCUAGACAUGUUUUUAUUACAAAGAACUUAUUACCCUAAAAACACAGGAAAUCUACUCUGAAAACAGGAGAAUGAUGUUACUUCUGUAAGAUGUUAAGAGAAGUUCUUAUUACUUUUCUUUAAGAACAACUCUGUAAAACUGCAGGACAUGACUAUAAUGGGAGGAACAGCCCCAUAAUACAUAUGCUUGAGAAAACAGUGGAAACCAGUUAAAGGGACUUCAGGAACAAGGAAGCUGGGGCAGAGAUGGAAAAUAAGUGUGAAAAGAACUGUGCAUUGCUGUCUUUUGGUUUAGAAGCUGGACAAUAAAAUAAUAAUAAAAAAACUGUUGUUCA